AUGCCAGCAUUAUCUUCAAUCCAGUUUGUGGACACUGCUCUAGCCUGCAAGAGGCCUUUCGCUCUAUCUUAUACAAGCCCCAAACAGAAAUGGGUCAUCCGCCAGCACCUCCUAGCCCUGCUUCAGGACUUCCCCACUCUUUCCCCGUCGGCAGACACCUUCGUUCAUAACGACGGUACCUCUGUCUACCUUUUAAAUGCCAGAGGAAGCCUUCGGAUCUCUCGUGCCACACUUCUGGUACCCCUCAUUAUUUGGGUUCCUCAAGACUACCCUGUUGCUCCUCCUAUUAUUUUCCUCUUACCGACUUCUGACCACCCAAUUCUUUCCAAUCACCCUUUCGUCCAUCUAUCUGGCUUAACCACAUUCCCUUACCUCAACAACUGGAACCGCUCUCGCUCCAACCUCUCUGACCUUGCACACAACCUUGUCCAACUCUUCGCCCACCACCACCCUCUGUGUCCUCCCUCAUCCUCUCCCGUCUCUAGGUUCACUAACCCCUUUCUUGCCUCCAAGGUAGAGCUCAUAGACCGUCUCUACGGGGCGCUUUGCUGCGAUGUGGUCGCCCUCCAGGCCAAAGUAGAUGAGGAAAUACAAGGGCUAAUAAGGUUGCAGCAUCAACUGCAGGACCGAGCCAAAAUCGCAACAACGAUUUUGAGGGAGGUUGAACAUGAAAGAACAAGUUUGGAAGAGAGGGUGACAGCUUUGAUAUCGGAAGCUGACGAGCUGCAAAUUUGGUUGAAGGCUUACGACUCCGACUCUAUUGUUGCACCCACAGAGGGUGAGGUGGACGCAUUUGACGCCGAUGACGAGGAAUCGAAGAUGGAGCUCCACCGAUGGGCCACAUACUUGGCAAUAGAAGAUUUACUACAACAACUGGACGAUGUAUUGGAGAAAGGGGUAGUGACUUCUCAGCAAUACAUUAAGCAGGUGAGAAUUCAUUCAAGGGAGCAGUUUAUGACAAUGAUACGCAGGCGAAACCAAGAACACUGA